ACCAAGAUUAUGCUUCGUACGUUCGCAUUCUGUGGUUAGAUCAACACUUCAAACAUGACUACUCAACUCUAUAUUUUUUUCCAUCUCCUUGUUCUCUUGGUUUUAUCCUUACUUCUUCUCAAGCAAUGGCCUCACUUUCUCUAACCUGCUCCCCGCAACUGUUUAGUUUCAAUUCCAUCCAAUGCCGUAAGAACCCAGAGGAAACAGCUAAACUUUCUUCAAAUGGGCAGCUCCCUUUUCCUGAAAAGAAUCCCCUAAUAUUGCAACCAACUAAAAUCCCACCUCCAAGGCCUCGCAGGAUAAUACUGGUUCGACAUGGAGAAAGCGAAGGAAAUGUUGAUGAGAGUACAUACACAAGAAUUGCUGAUCCAAAGAUUCGACUCACAGAGAAAGGCAAGGUACAAGCUCAAGAAUGUGGGAAAAGAAUUCGACAGAUGAUUGGGAAAGAUGGUGCAACUGAUUGGAAGGUCUACUUCUAUGUGUCACCAUAUAGAAGGACCCUCGAAACGUUACAGAAUUUAGCUCAAUCCUUUGAGCGCACAAGGAUUGCUGGCAUGAGAGAGGAGCCUCGUCUACGAGAGCAAGAUUUUGGGAAUUUUCAGGACAGAGAGAAGAUGCGAGUUGAGAAAGCUCUUCGAAAGCUCUACGGGCGUUUCUUUUACCGGUUUCCCAACGGAGAGUCUGCAGCUGACGUAUAUGAUAGAAUCACAGGAUUCAGAGAAACACUCAAAGCAGACAUCGAUAUCGGACGUUUUCAGCCACCUGGCGAACGAAGCCCAAAUAUCAACAUAGUGAUAGUUUCUCAUGGCCUCGCAUUGCGUGUGUUCCUAAUGAGGUGGUACAAAUGGACUGUCAAACAAUACGAGGCACUCCACAACUUUGAAAAUGGAGGAAUGAUUGUCAUGGAAAAAGGUUAUGGUGGAAGGUACAGCUUAUUAAUGCAUCACACAGAAGAAGAGCUAAGAGGGUUUGGAUUGACAGAUGAUAUGUUGAAUGAUCAAGAAUGGCAAAAAAUUGCAAGACCAGGUGAACUAAACUAUGAUUGUCCUACUAUGAGUUCUUUCUUCACCCACUUUGAUGAUGAGGGCUGCAAAACUUGAAGGAAAAGAUGGAUUACUCAUCAAUUAACCAAAUGCGGACUAGUCUAACUGGCCGAGGAAUGCAGUUUGUUGAAAGAAAGCCAAUGGUCUGAAGAUGUUGUAUGCAGUAAUCUAAAGGCAAAACCGGCUGGACCACUGGUCGGAAUUCAGAAAAUGUUCUAUAAAUAUCACCUGCAACACAAAAGGCAUAGCAAAUUCAGUGUGCCUAGCUUGUUAGUUUCUUACCCCCACCCCCCCACCCCCAAAUCAAACAUUUGAUUUUGUUCUUUGCUGCUCCAUUGUAUACCGGCACAUACCGAACAUAUCUGUUAAGGGCUUCCACAAUUGUAAAUAAAUAAGGUCAUCACUUAAUGGACUUUGCUGCAUUGUACUGAA